UCAUCUCUAUCAAACACAGUAUCCUCUCCCCUCCUCUCGGCUCGGCUGUGUUUCCCAGUGUCGGCUCGUUCCGUGGAUCAGCUGUUUUGGAAUUGCGCGUAAAAUACGCCAGACCUCACGCGUCAAACAUCCUCCACCUUAGUCAAAAACCAAACAGACGCAGCUUCUCUUCGGGUUGCGACAUGACUUCUCUACUUGAUGAAGUGGGUGUAAACUCUCACAGACUGCUCUCACACUCCUUCUUCUUCAUUGAGGAAGUUCACUCCUGUCAGAGAGAGAAAGCGACGCAACGCACGACGCAAAGAUGAGCAACAGAGAAGCAAACGGUGGCAGCAUCACACAGGCGUCCAAGAAGGCCAAAAUGAGCGGAGACACAGCACACCUGCACCUGGACGGCAUCCCUCCGGACACCCUCACUGAGGUGGACGUGUACCUGACCCCCUUCCGUCUGUCUCUGGAGAAGCUGCAGAAGGUGUCUGCUCAGCUGAAGAAGGACAUGAACCGAGGUUUGGGCAAACACUCGCACCACAGAGCGCCUGUUAAGAUGCUGCCCACCUUUGUCAGGGCCACACCUGACGGGACAGAAAAGGGGGACUUCUUAGCGUUGGAUCUUGGUGGAACAAACUUUCGGGUUCUCCAUGUCCGCGUGGUGGAGGAGCAGCAGAAGGUGCUGAAGAUGGACAGUCAGAUCUGUGCCAUCCCAAAGGAAAUGAUGCUGGGGACUGGAGAGCAGCUGUUCAACCACAUCGCUGCGUGUCUCAGUGAUUUCCUCGUCUCUCAGGAUCUGAAGGGACAAACUCUUCCUCUGGGCUUCACCUUCUCCUUCCCCUGUGAACAGAAGGAAAUUGACAAGAGCAUCCUGAUUCGCUGGACCAAAGGCUUUAACUGCUCUGGAGUGGAGGGUAAAGACGUGGUGAAGUUACUGAAAGAGGCGAUCCAAAGGAGAGGGGACUUUGAUAUCGGCUCUGUUGCCAUGGUGAACGACACGGUGGGUACCAUGAUGAGCUGUGGCUACAGAGACCAGAGCUGUGAGAUCGGCAUGAUCAUUGGUACGGGAACCAACGCCUGCUACAUGGAGGAGAUGAAGAACGUGAAGCGGGUGGAGGGUGAGGAUGGGCGGAUGUGCAUCAACACAGAGUGGGGCGGCUUCGGAGACGACGGAUCCCUCAAACAUGUCCUGACGGAGUUUGACGUUGAGGUGGACAAGACAUCUAUAAAUGAAGGCGUCCACACUUUUGAGAAGAUGAUCAGCGGCAUGUAUUUGGGAGAAGUCGUUCGGCUGGUGCUGCUGAAGCUGACCAAAGAGAAGCUGCUGUUUAAAGGAGAAAUAUCAGAGGCGCUGAAGACACCGGAAAAAUUUGAGACAAAGUUCAUCUCUGAGAUUGAAGAGCCAGACAGCGGCCUGGAAAACACCCAGAGAAUUCUCACAACAUUGGGUCUGAAGUGGGACGAGGUCGACUCCCGCAUUGUACGUCUGGUCUGCGACACCAUCUCCUCUCGCUCUGCCCGUCUCUGUGGCGCCGCCCUUGCCACCAUCGCCAACCACAUGAGGGUCUGCCGUGGGCUGGACCACUUGAAGACCACCGUGGGGGUGGAUGGGACAGUUUACAGGAAACAUCCAAAUUUCAGCGAGGAGCUCAAGGAGACGGUGCACCUCCUCGCCCCCAACUGUGACAUCACCUUCCUCGUCUCCGAGGACGGCAGCGGGAAGGGCGCUGCCAUGGUAACGGCUGUGGCGCAGCGGCUGGCUCUACAGUCGCGGCUGUUGGACGACAGUGAGGGAGACGAUGAAGAGGAGGAGGAGGAGGUAGAAGAUGUAUAAAAGAAGAAGAUGUAGAUGAUUUACAACAACACUGGAGUCUGACACUGUCUGUUCUUAAAGCUGCAAUAUUUGAAUACAAAAGAAUUACAGCCUAAUAAUAUAACACAGAUGUCUUCACUCAUUUCAGGUGUAAUCUCAGAGAUUUCAUUGCUUUCAGAUGUUGUAUUAGGGUGUGUUCAUGCUCUGAUUAUUUAUAUUAUUUUGCAAAGAUUGUCGUUUAAUGUGCAAAUGCCAAAGAGAAAAAAUUCAGGGAAGAAAUAAAUAACAAGAUCAAUAAGUCUUCAGAGAGACACAGGGCUCAUAUUCACCUCUUUUCAUGCUUCUUUACAUUAAGACCAACACAUAAUACUGCUCAGUCACUGUGUCCAAAGAUGGGAGGUGUGUCUCCAGCCAGAGACUGUUAAGUAACACAUAGACAUUAAUCAGCAGAAGAGCUAACUUUAAUAAAAAACCUUAAUUUGACAAUUAUUUUACUAUUUAAAGUUUGACCAUAGCCUGACCAUAGCCUGUAUAAAUAAUGGACGUAGUGUCAGUGGCGUCACCUGUCUGUUCCUACGCGCUGUUUUGAACCCAAUCGGUGGUGGGAGCCAUAUUGGUAAGGCUGAACUCAACCAGGCAUAGUGUGAGGUAAAGAGGCAGGUUUGAGCCUCCUAGCAAACAGCUAUGUGUUCCCACCUGUAAGUCAAUUCAGUCAUGUCCUUAAAUGGGAAAAAAAACUCCUAAUCUUAAUAUUUUCUGAACUGUCGCUUUAGAAAAAACUUCACCCCCCGAAAUCAGCUCUUCAGACUGAAGCCGUUUUUUGUACCAGGCUGUAAACAUGUUAAUUUCUGCUGCAAAGAUCAUCUGCUUUGAUUUGGUGUGUAUGUGGUUUCCGGUGUUUCUGCAGCCAGCCUCAAGCGGAUUCUCGAUGAAUUGCAGUUUAUAACACUUCCACAUGGGCUUCAUAUUUUGCGACCUGAGGUUGCCGCUUGAGUUUGACCCGUGUCCCACUUGUUUACAUACAGGAGGCAGGCUCUAUGACCUAUACGGCAACCAAUCAGUAGGGAGAGCUCCAACUGUUUGGCUUCAUUUUUAUGGAGCUGUGAUGUUAAUCUCUUAGACAAUCUGGCUUCACAUUCAUAUUUAGUCAGAUGCAUUCUUUUUCAAGUAGAUUCAGGGCAAUCACAUAUCAUUGUUUUCAGAGCAGCCAUUACAGAGUAGGGUUAUUUAUGCUCUUGCAGCAGUCCACAUUCAGCCACGAACAGAGACAUCUGCCAUUUCUGCCGUUUUUCUUCAUAUUUUCUGGAAGCUUACGGAUAUGUGUGAAACGUUGUAGUACCAUUGGUAAUGGGGGGGGCAGUGUUGAGCAGUCUGACCAACAGACCAGCGAAAAACAACAAAGAAGAAUACUUUGGAAAAUGGUGGAACUUUUGAGGACAGAUUGUACGAGUUGUGAAAGACAAGUACGACAGAGCAGCUGGGUGGUGCUCAGGUGGGAACUGAAUGUUAGUGGACAGCAGUGAAGAGGAGGUUUGUGUGUUUGUUUGAGGCGCCCUCUAGUGGAUGCAUUGUUUAACGUCCAUCCUAUCGUAUGUAGGAGUAUAAUGAUGGUUAUACUGUUUAAAACUUACAUAUCUAUUUUCAUACAUGAAGAACAAAUGAACCUAAAGUGUAACCUCCAGAUCUAAAGAAACGUAAGCCAAGCAUUCAUUUGUGUGAAAAUUCUUCUCAAACUUAAUCACAGUUUGAAUCUACUUGUUUCACAGUGAUAAAGAAUAAGUCACAUCGAAGCAGAAGAGGAAACAUUGGAGAUAAAAUGCAAACUUGAUAAAUACUUGAAAUCAACCAGAGAUGUGUUUGAGUCUUUUUGAUGAGGUGCUGAAAAUCUACCUGCUGUUUAUGUAUAGAAUGAGAAAUAAAAAAGGGACAUGUUUUCUCACA